AUGACUGAAUCCCUUCGAGUUGCUGUUAUUGGGGCUGGCAUCAGCGGCGUAGUUACCGCUGGGCAUCUUCUGGCUGCCGGAUUUCAAGUAACGGUCUUUGAGAGAAAUAAUGCAUCUGGCGGAGUCUGGCUUUAUGAUAAGCGAACUCCGCUUGAAACCCAGUACCCAUACUCAAAACCGUCUGCUUCGCAGGAAUACGUGAGAGAUGGACGGGGGGACAAUGAGCGAAAGUUAUUGAUACACGCACCUCCAGGGCCCUGCUACGAGAGCCUCUGCAACAAUGUCUCAACGCCCUUACUACAGACGACGCUCAAUGCGUGGCCUGAAGGCACUGCUCUUUAUGUGAAACAUCCUGUGAUCAAGGAUUAUAUUCAAGAUACGUCAAAAAAGGCCGGCGUUGACCACAUAACUAAAUUUGGCGCCCGGGUCACUCGAGUCUACAAAGAAGGGGCAACAUGGACAGUUCACUGGAGCACUUUGAAUGACCGUGAUGGGGAUCCAGUUGAGAAGCCGGAGUCUGCGGAAUUUGACUCGGUUAUUGUUGCCUCGGGCCAUUAUCAUACGCCUCUCAUCCCCAAUAUUCGGGGCCUAGCCGAAGCAAAAGCUCGAUGGCCCGAAUUGGUUUUCCAUUCAAAGUCCUUCCGAAGAUCAAAAGGAUUGGAAGGAAAGAACGUACUCUUGAUCGGUGGGGGCAUUUCGGCUCUUGAUAUAGCCAAAGAAACCAGUACAAGUGCAAAUCAUGUCUACCAAAGCACUAGAAAUGGCGCCUUUGAUCUCCCUGAGACUGCGCUUCCAUCGAACGCCACCAGAAUUGGCGAGGUCGAGCUAUUUGAAGGCUCUAAUUCAGAUGUCUGUCCAGAUGGCGCGCACUUGCCCUUGACUAUUCAUCUCAAAUCCGGGGAGACCUUGGAUAAUAUCGAUACAAUCAUUCUCUGCACAGGGUAUCACUUGGCACUUCCAUUCCUCGACGAUUAUAACGACUAUAACGUGUCUGCCACCGAGGCAAAUGACAGCGUGCUUGUCACCGAUGGCACUCAAGUUCACAACUUGCAUCGUGACAUUUUUUAUAUUCCUGACCCCACGCUCGCAUUCGUCGGAGUCCCAUUCUAUGUUGCAACGUUCUCUUUAUUCGAGUUCCAAGCUAUCGCCGUAACAGCUUUUCUGUCUGGAGAGGCAAAGCUUCCAUCUACCGCAGCUCUACGGACGGAAUAUGAUAAUCGCAUCAAAGAGAAGGGCUAUGGACGGAGUUUCCAUUCCCUCCAAGAUCAAGAGCAAGCUUAUGUCACAGAAUUGAUGAAAUGGCUGAAUACCGGAAGAGUUGAAAGGGGUCUGUCUUUGAUUGAGGGUCAUACUGAGACCUGGCAUAGAGAAAAAGCGGCUUUAGCCGAAAGACUCAAAUUGCUUUUCGCAGGGCAGCUUCCUCCGGCUGAUGCUCUCAAAAGCUCAUUGGAGACUGAAGUCACUGCAUGA